AUUUGCUGUGAAGCAGAUGGGGCUCCAGUACUCCAGCCAUGUCGCCUCUGUCCUGCCGCAUACUGCGGAGAUUGCAUCAGAAGCAUGUUUUUAGAAGCAACUCGCGAUUCGACUUCGAUGCCACCCAGAUGCUGCACCAUCCUUUCAACUAUUGUUGCUCUUGACUUUCUUUCCUCCGCUGAAGCUGAUGCAUAUCGUCGCAAGUUUGAAGAAUGGAUCUCAACCAAGAAGACGUACUGUCCAGUUCCUAAAUGUUCACGCUUCAUCCCAGAUCGUGCAGUUCUACCACCGCCCUCUGCCGAUCCAGUCACCAUCUGGGUUUUGCCUGCUGCUGCUUGCUUUUCUUGUCCGGAUUGUCACAUCGGAAUAUGUCCCAGCUGUAAACAAGUUGCCCACUUUGGACAGCCUUGUGAUACCGCUGCUCAAGAUCAUGAGCUUGCCAUGCUCGAGACAUAUGGUUACAAGAAAUGCCCGCGUUGUGGCCACGGUGUGAAGAGAAUGUAUGGCUGUCGCCACAUGCAAUGCCGUUGUGGUGCUCAUUGGUGUUGGGGUUGUCUCCGUGCAUUCGAUGAGUGUGAUGGAGGUUGUGAUUCACCCGACUCCGGAAGUGAAGAUGGAGAUUACAUCCACCCUAUUCUUACUGAACGUCCAACCGACCUUGAUAGGGGUGGUCGUCGCGUUUGGGAAGGCACGGGUGCUUUCUUUGGCGAAGAGCCUGACGACAGCUAUCAUAGUACAAUAUGGUCAUGCUUGCACGUCUUC